UUUGCAUGAAUUCCUAUGGUAAUCAUAAAACUGAAGGCAUUGAUUUCACCUCCAGCUCAAAUCCACAAAAGGAAGAAUGGUUCCUGAAGAUUAACCCCAAUGGCCGCAUCCCCGCUCUACUCGAUGGCUCGCAGCGCGUUUUUGAGAGCGGAGCAAUCAUGUCAUAUCUAGUCGACAAGUACGACACCGACCGCAAGAUCAGUUACGCUCCUGGCACUCCUGAGCACGCCGAACAAACAUCAUGGUUAAUGUUCCAGAUGGCUGGACUCGGGCCUAUGCAAGGACAAGCAAACCAUUUCCGUCUCUUCGCCAAUACGCGCUUCAAUUACGCUAUUCAGCGGUAUAUCAACGAGACGAGGCGUCUCUACUCGGUUCUCGAGUCGCGGUUGAGGGAAAGCUCUUACUUGGCGGGUGAGAAGUAUACCAUUGCCGAUAUUGCGAGCUUCUCUUGGGUUCGUGGUGCUUCUGUCUCCUUGGAGACUGACUUUUCUGAGUUUCCCGCUUUGAAGAAGUGGGUUGGCGAGAUUGAUAAGCGUGCUGCUGUUCAAAAGGGGGUAGAUGUUCCCCAUUCGACUAGGACUCCUGAGCAGAAGGCUGAAAACUUCCGGAAUUGCCGGGCUAAGAUUGAUGCCAUGCCAAAUUCUGAUCAGCAUUGA